AUAUGUCGCGACAAGGUUGCAUGUGAUGUUCUGUUGGGGCAAAGCUUAGGAGGGCUUUCAUACCAUAACUGCCAUCGACACAUAUUGCUUGUAAGCUGCCCCUUUCAGUCAGUCUCUAGCGCGUCAGAACUCAGUAGUCAUGGCGCCAACAUACGCUGACCACCUGAACGUUAUCAAGGGCUUCUGUGACAAGGCCGAUGGCAAGGAUAAGCUUACGGGACUUAUCCAGUAUGCCUGCAUGUUCCUUUCUGCUGGCGAGCCCGGUAACCUUAAGAAGGUUCAGGCGUCCGUGACGGCGGCGCGGAAGGUCUUCCGCAUCAUGCGGCCUCUGGAGCUCAUGAGUCCUCUGCUCAUCAGCCCGGGCUUCUCAGGCAAGCAGCCAAUGCUUCUCGAGGCCAUCAACAAGGUCAAGACCGUGCUGAUGGCUGUGUACUUCGGCGCGGACCACGUCGUCUGGGCCCACCAGAUUGGCCUUAUCUCGGACAAGAAGAUCGGCGAACGGUACCAGAAGCUGUCCUUGUGGACCUGGGCCCUUGGGUCCGUGUGCUCGGUGGCCGCGGAGAGCUGGCAGAUUGCGAUGCAGAGCGUUGUGCGCAAGGAGGGCGAGAGCGACGCGGACUACGAGAAGCGCGUUGAGGCCGUGAAGAACGACAUCAACAACCGCUUGUUCAUCAUCCUGCACUCGGUCAUCCAG